UUCGAUACCGUUACAUAUCGUUGGUUGCUGAAUAUGGCUGAAUUAUGUGAAGAGGAGAUAGAUCCAAGAAUCAAGGAGGAACUUGAACGUUUGAAUUCAUCAACAGACCAAAUCAACUCCUUGGAACUACAGCUUGAUGAAGUACGAGCGACAUUUCGGCAGGCUCUCACAGAGUCAACACAAAGUCUCAAUGCGAUUUCUAAGAAAAUUGGAAGUGCGAUAGAAAAGGCACGGCCUUAUUAUGAAGCCAGACAGAAGGCUAAGGAGCUUCAACUGGAGACCCAAAAGGCUGCUCUACGCUUUGAGCGAGCCUGCGGCAUGCUGACAGCGGCCAAGGAGAUGGUGGACUUGGCUGAGCAGGGUUUGUUCCAGGAUGGACGCACCUUCGAUGCCAACUGGCAGGAGAUGCUCAACCAUGCCACUAUGAAGGUUGGUGAAGCCGAGAAUGAGAGGACACUUAGCGUUCAUGAGCAUCUCAGCACAGCGGCUAACUUCAAUGAGGCGGAGAGGGAGGUGAAAAGGCUGCAGAAAUCACUUCGAAGCAACAUCAAUAAAUCAAGGCCAUAUUUUGAGAUGAAAGCUUCAUUCAACCAAAACCUUGAGAGACAUAAAAGAAGAGUCAGUGAACUAGAGAAGGAUGUUUCAUCUGCGAAGAAAGUGUAUUCUAAUGCUCUACGGAAACUUGAACAGAUUAGUGACCAGAUCCAUGAGCAACGACGGACGUCCGCAUCGAAACUUGGCCAAAGAGAAUCCGGGGUGGGUGCAGAAGCCUCGCCCAUCAUCAGGGACAACCCUUCAUCCUUUUCACCAGGUCAUAACCGGAAUCUCUCGGUUGAGGUGAAGAAGAUUGACCUGGUCAUCAAGCAGCAUCGAGAUAGUGCGUCACCGUCGCAACGAUCCAAGGACGACAUGGAUCUAUCGCCGUCAAAGGUGUACCCACUUCCGCAGAGGCCUCUGAGCUACUCUGAGGAUAAUAGGGCACCCGAUCCACAUUCCAUCCUGGCCUCGUUCGAGUCGACCGAACACCUGGACAAUAUUUCUGACACCGUCAGUUGCAUGUCGGAGCCCAUGCUUGACAUAGACAAUGAGGAGGAGUUUGAUAGCGGAUUGGACACGCUAGCCUCCAGGACAACGGCUUCAUUGGUCUUCACAGGAACAGAAGGUCCAUUUGAGGAUAAGGACAGUGAAAAGAUAAGAUCAGAGUCAACGUCCAAAGAGCAUCAAGAAGCACCUGAUAGACUGGCAAGGGAUGUUUCAGAUCAAGCAACUGUCCAAGGAAGCAGUGCAGAGGACACUGCACUUGUUCUUGGUAGAUCUGAUAAUGAAGGAACUACAGACAUAACAGAAGAUGGGUCCGAUAAUCUCACUCCAAGACAGCAUCCAGGAGAUGAUACAGGUGAUACUGAUGAAGGUUGCGCAGCUGAUGAGCCUGAUGUGGAAUGUCCGACUGGAGACCAUGAAAGAACCCAUCCUGCAGGGCAAGACAACUUUGCAGAAGCUAUCAACACCAAAUCAGCGGACAUUCAGGAGAGUGUGUCUUCAAAUCCUCAAGAUCCAGAUAAUGUUGAUGCUGAAGAUCAGACACAAAGUCAGUGUGAUGACCAACUGUUUGUGGAAGAAGAGGAGACGGAUGGGACAGUGGUAGAAGAAGAAGAGACAUUUGUUUGAGGGUAUUCAGAGCUGGUUAUUUCUAUCAGGUACAAGUACUUGCCGUGUGUGGAAGUCAUUGUGUGUCGUGGUCAUUAUUUAUCGCCAUCCCUGUUUUGUGAGUUCCAAACGUAUGUAAUGUACACUGUGCAAAGCUAUAUGCCAAUCCUACAUGUGAACAAUGUUAGCUUAGCAAGCGAUGGUUCCAAACAAGACAUCCUUGCACCAGGCAUAUAUCAGCAGAAUAGAGGACUAAAAUCAUUGCUAUCUUUACCCUUGGCUAGUUGAAACUGCUUUUGGGGGGGCAUGACAUCACAUUAUUUACUCUAUAGUGCUAUUGCCUCUUGUGCUUAGCAGUGGAUGAUAUUGCAGUGCUAGUUGCUCAGUUUUAAGUGUAAAAAUAAUUUAUCAUAAUUUCACCUUGAAGAUGAAAUCAUAUUCACUGAUUUUUUUUUUUUACAAAUCCCUUGAAAGUACUUUUUGCUUAUCGCUUGUAAUUGUUUAAAAUUGCAUGGUAAGCUGUUGAAAUUCCCCAUGCUCAAAAGUAUCUGUAUUGAAACAAAUGCUUUCUGUCUAUGGGAAGAGAUUCUCACCAGGGCCCCUUAUCACAAAUCUUUAGUUUUAAUCAUAGGGUUGAUUUCUAAAAUUGAUUGCAUUUAUCAUUAUGCACAAUCAGUGGCACAAAUCAACUGUACAAUCAUUCUCUGAUAUUUGUGUAUCAAGGGACUGAUCCUUGUUAAUUAGAGCAGGAAAUACUUCAAUAAACAUAUAUUUCCCACAAGAAAUUUAAAGCAAAACUAUGAUGAUCUUUUUGCUUUCGCUUUCAAAGUACAUGUACACAGGACAUUGUAUGAUAUCUGUGCUAUGCACACAAAGGGUAAAUAUAUUUACAACAAGCAAAGAAUUUUUUGCUUGUUGAUAGGUUAUGUAUUGCUAAUGAAAGAGAAAAACUAAUUGCAAUAAAGAUGUAUUUCUCCAUAUGAAGGGGGGGUUGUUUCAAAAGUUAAGAGUGACUGUAAGAACGACUGGUAAAUCUCUCUGUACGCACUAAACCAUCGCCAAAGAACAACAUGUAUAUCUCCAUACAGGGGGGGGUCAAAAAGCUGUUCAUAAGUUAAGAAUGACUGGGGAACCUUUCUUAUGCGCUAAACCAUCGCCAAAGAACAACAUGUAUAUCUCCAUACAGGGGGGGGGGUUCAAAAAGCUGUUUAUAAGUUAAGAAUGACUGGUGAACCUUUCUUACGCGCUAAACCAUCGCCAAAGAACAACACCGAAACGAGGCAAAACCCAAAGAAUCACCAGUCGUUCUUAAAGUUGCUUUUAACUUUAAAACGAACACCUUUAUGAAACAUCCACCUCGAGUUUCUCUGCUUGAUUUUAUUGCAAUUUAUACACCUUUUGUAAUUUGUGCAACUGCAUGUAACAAACAAUAGAAAAUUGGUUUGAACUUUCUUGCGUUUUUUUUUAAUGGAGAUUAUGUAUGAAUUUGGUCUUUAUUCACGUGGUGUAUACUAAAGAAAGCACCAUACAUAUUGGAACAUAUUCUAUUUGUAGACAUGUAUUUCAAAUGUGGAAACAUGUUAUGUUUGUAAAUUUUGAUUUGCAUAAUUGUACAUUUAGGUAUAACCAAAGUGAUAUUUCAAUCAAUACAUGUAUUUCAUUUUUUUUUUUUUUGCUUUUGGCAGGUCAAAUUAAGCCUUUUUUUUUAAAUUGUGCUGGCAUAUUUUGCUUUUUAUGUGUUUAUAUGAUAUUAUGUACAAACAAUAAGUAUUGAUUAUUAAAGUAUAUUGUACAAUGUGUGCAUAUUCAUGUUUUUUUUUCAAGAAAGAACACACAAAUAUUUAAAAGAAUAGGAAUAUAUUCAUAUCUUUAUGUGCAUUCAGGGUUUAUUUGUAUGUGUAUUAGAGGUAUGCAUAUAUACGUUUUAUUCCAAAACUGCAUGUAUCAUAUAUAUGUAAAUAAGAAUAUAGACUAUUUAUGAAAAUAUGGAAUUAUAAAAUAGAUUAUUAUAAUAAUCAUUAGAAAUAGAUAUCAUACUGGUGAUUUGGUAACUAUGUAAUUCCUGUAAGAGAAUGUGAUUACAUGUAUGUUAGAAAGAAUUAUAACCUUUGAGUGUAUCAUUUGACUACAUGUAAUUUUUUAGGGGUGAUGCUUUUCCACUAAACAGAAAAGUGACAGAUAUUGUGUAGAAUGUAAAAUACCUUGAAAGUGAGGGAUGCCUUGUUUUAGAUGAAAAUUAACUGUUACCAAAGAAAAAAAAAGAAGAAACUAAGAAUUUACAUUCUUGUGAAACUCAGAUGUUGACAUAUCAUCAACCAAUUAUUUUUUUUUAAAUGACACAUUUUAAUCGGUAAAAAUCAAAUUUAACUACAUGUAUUAACUAAUAACAUGCCAAUAGAAUUGAAGUUAAUAUUUGGUACCAUUUGCCGCCUCUAGCAUAUUAAGAGUUUAAAACCUCUUUUUUUAUUCUAUAAAACAAUAUAUUGAUAAUUUGAGUGCCAUUUUUCAGCCAAUCUGGAAUGGAAAAUCAUCACCCCUCUACCGUUUUCUUGACCCAUCGUCUACUGGAUUCUGUUAUUCCCAUUGGCUUUGCACAGGGAAUAUCCAGUUCCAGUAGGCAAUUGGUGCAUUAUUUGUUUUAUUCUGCAUUGCAUGGGCUGUCUUUGCUAUAUGUAUAUGCUUUCAUGAUGCAUACAUUAUUCUUUGUUUGCUGAUAUAACUCAUAGAUAUUGAUCAGUAUUAUCUUAAAGGCUGAAUGUGCUUUGGAGCUGUUUUUGUUUUUGCCUCAGACAGUUCGACAUUUUGAAGAAUUUUUUUUCUAUUCACUGUAUUUCCAUUGUAUUUUUCUUUAAAUUCUCACUUGUUUCUGAUUUUGAUGCACAUGUAAACAUAAAAAAUGGUUGAUAUUCACAGCCUUAUAUUUCAUUGAAAGUUCUGAACUUGCACGCAUGAUUUCAGUAACCUUCAUAUUUUUUUCCAUAGCUCUUGUUUGUGACUUUGCCGUGACAGUGUGCAUGUUUUCCGUUCAUGAACACAAUAGCAAGUCAAACUUACCAAUUAUUCCAAGUCUCAUUUAAAAUAGAAAAUCACAAUACACAUUGAGAGUGCUCUCUAAUAAAAAGAGGCAAUUGUAAAGGUGUUGCAGACGAGUGGAUAAGUCUGCAGAUAAUGGGCUACAAUGUCUGGGUUCGAAACCCACCGCAGCACUUGUCCUUUGGCUUGGUGUUUAUCUGCAUUUGCCACUCUCCACUCAGGUGCAGGAAAUGAUUGGAAGAAAUUCCUCCAAUACUUGUGCACCCCAUCGAGGUAGCCAUGGUAAAGCUCGGGUAGUAUUAUAAUAACAUUAUCGUGUUAAGCAGGGCCCGAUGGAGACUGAAUAUUCAAGUUGGACAUUCAAAUUCUUGUGUUUAUUGUUGAUGAAUUAUGUACUAUUAAAGCCUAUUUAGGUUUUCCCUAUUUUAGCUCACUAGAAAUUACUUAUGGCAAUAGCCUGCACCUACACAAGGCCCCAGUGGUAACGACCAUGGCAACGAUGCUCAUCAGCCAAUCAAUAUCAAGGAUUCCAUGAAAGUUACCAUUGGAUUGCAAAGUUACAGUGCCAUAAUGGUAACUUCAAUUGCCAGGGCCCAGUUCAGGGAUUGCACAAUCUUUUCCCCCUUUUUUGUGACUGCAUUUUCUUUAUAGCAAUAGACUGCAGUUCAGAAGUAUUGCACGAUAUUUGCACAAUAUAACCAUCUCUAUGCUAGUAUAUAAAGCCAAAUCCUUUUAGCCUCUUCUAUAGUUUGCUGUGUGCUUGUACAGGUAUUUUAUAUAGGAAAAGAGACUACAUAGUAUAUUUUCACCAGAGACCAAGAAUUCUAGUUUGUGAUACAGAUGUUAGUUGAUUUUGAAUGAAUCGUGUACAUGUUGUGUAGUAUGUAGUUGCCAAGCAUCAUUACUAGGUCAUAACCACAUUGCCUAGGGAGCCUUUCACAAAGUGAUACUGUUAUAAGCUACUGAAAUCCUUGAAUCUAAUUGACUGAGAACAAUCUUUUUUAAGUAAAAAGCAAUGACAGGAUGCUUUUAUGUAACAUUACCCUGAUGUGUUUGGUGAAUUAGGCUGCUUAAAGUUGCUGAAAAAAAAUACUUUUAGCAGUAUUUCAUUUUCAAGCAUCUUUGAAUUUGACCUCAUUUUUAUAAAAAA